UCCCAUUGUGAUAGUAGAAGGGUGUACCCGUUUCUUCCAGUCAAGGCUCAGCGAAUUUCUGAUCAAGCCAAUCCGGUAAUUUUUUUUUACCAAAUGCCAGCUAACGGAGCAGAAUGUACUAUUAAUCUCGCAUUUAGGGCAGACGUGGUUAUCCACUUCCUCCAGUCAGAUUACAGUGUACUCCAAAUUCUAUUAAUCACGGCACGGUACGAGGUUAAUGCUGCCUGCUGCUUUCUGAGAUUUAAAACACGCGCACACACCAUCCAAUACAAGACAGGAAAUUCUUCUAGCUAAAACUAGAUAUGACAAGUUUUCCCGUUCUCCACUGGGCCUAAAGAACAUUUUUAAUUUAAAAAACUACAAAUCCCAGCAUGCCCUAAUAAACUCACGGGUGGAUCCUACAACGAAUUCGUAUUCUGUUGGGGGCGUGGUUAUGAUUGUGACGCACCCUCCCCGGUGGGCGGAGUCGGACGAAGAAGGAAGCAAGGGACGAAGGAGGCGAACGCAACCAAAUCAAGCAACUGAGUUGGGCGGCGGCAGGUUGAAUGCUUCUGCACCAUCACUGUUUUGUCAGCAGAGGGUGCCCAUGGACUUGAGCCCAAAAGGACCAUGAUCCUUGCCCAAUGAAUCCAUGUUCCGUGCAUGCUGGAGAGGAAAAGAAGCCCUGCAUGGAAUGAGUCCUCUACAUGACUUUGCCAACCCGCUGCACCAUGUUUGGGGCAGCUCUCCUCUUCCUCCACCUGCUGGUGGCUGGUUGGGCUCAGGGAGUGGCUGUUGACAGCCCUUAUCUUAGUGUAGGGGAUGGGACUGUUCUGGAAUUUGACUUCCCUGAGCACAGCCAGGGCAUCUUGCUGGUUUCCUGCCACUAUCCAGGGCCCGAUGCUUGGCUGAACGUGGACUCUCUGGAACCUACAGUGGUUGUCAUUGAGAACGUCAGUGCCUCCUGGGGAGGGGGCUUCAUGGUUGGGUUUCAGUCUGGACUGGCCGGACUGGCCCCGCUGCAACUGCGGCUGCUGGAGCAGAGUCACCUCAUCGAAGAACGAGCCGAUUUCCGGAUCCGUGUGAGCGCUCCAGAGCCAGGGAUCUGGUCAGGGCUGGGCCACUUCUCGGAGAACCCCAUCCUCUAUGCUCUUCUGCCUCUCAUCUUCCUCAACAAAUGUGCAUUUGGCUGCAAGGUGGAGGUGGAGGUUCUGCGGAGCCUGAUGCACCAGCCCCAUCCUGUCAUCGUGGGCAUCCUGGGCCAGUUUGUGGUCAUGCCCCUGUAUGGCUACCUCAUGUCCGUGGCCUUCUCCUUGCCUAAGCCGCUGGCCUUGGGGCUGGUCAUUUCUUGCUCCUCACCUGGUGGCGGCGGCGGCUACCUAUACAGCCUGCUGCUGGGUGGCGAUGUCACAGUGGCCAUCUCUAUGACCCUCUUGUCCACGAUUGCAGCCACUGGGCUGAUGCCGCUGUCCUCGACAUUCUACGGUUGGCUGCUCGGUGCCCACGAGACUCUCCAUGUGCCCUUCCUCAAGAUCCUCAUCACCCUCCUCUUCAUCGCUGUGCCCAUCUCCACCGGCAUGUUGGUCAAGUGCAAGCUGCCCCGCCUUUCCCGCCUCCUCCUGCUCCUGAUCAAGCCUUUCAGCUUCACCCUUAUUAUAGGAGGGCUCUUCAUGGCUUACCAUAUGGGCGCCUUUAUCCUGGCAAAUGUGCAGCUCCCCAUCGUGCUGGCAGGCAUCACCGUGCCCCUCUUUGGCCUGCUGCUGGGCUAUCUGCUGGCUUACUGCGUGGCGCUGCCUGGGCCACAGCGCCGGACGGUUAGCAUUGAGGUUGGGGUCCAAAACAGCCUGCUGGCUCUGGCUGUGCUGCAACUCUCCUUCCAGCGGGCCCAGGCGGACUUUGCUUCGCAAGCACCUUUCAUCAUGGCCCUGAGCAGCACCUCAGAGAUGUUGUUGCUGGUUUUGGGGAAUCUGGCAUACAAUAAACUUUGCUCUGCUGGCUCCUGAGCGGCCCUGGGGGAAGGGGAGGCAGAUACCAAAGAUGUCAGACAUCGGGCAUGGCCUGCAAGAAGAGACGGAUACCAAAGGCCUUCGAAGCUGGGCUUGGGGUGCCUUUUUUUCAGAGGGGUGUGGGUUCCAAGGCCUCAGCCUCUUGACCUUUGAUGGGGUGGCUCAGAUACCAAAGGGGCACUUUGAAGAAGCACACAUACUUCCCGACGUGUUCGUGUGUGAGGAAUCUACAUUGACUGGCCUUUUGCUUUCUUUUUCUUAUCUACUUGUUUUUCUACGCAGUAAGAGGUGCCUCUAGAACUUAGAGUGAGAGCUGUACAAACUGUGAGACAGAAGAUGGGGGUGGAAUUGACCCAUUUCUUCUCCCAUUUACCAGGAAUACAGGGUUUGAAUAAAAGGAAAGAGAUA